AGAUGAAAGAAAACCCCAGAUAAGGACCAAAAGGGUGUUUUUAUGCAAAGACUGCUCCAAAAGCGCACUCAAGUCGGACUGAGCCAUGCUGAAGCAACUCGGAGCUGUGCGUCAAAGAAGCAACACCGGACAGGAAGUGAACUAAUAAUUAUAAGACCCCCUCAUCCCUCAUUUCCAUAUCUAGUCUGUGUUGGUUGGAUCGCAGCCAAUCACCCUCCGAAGGGGCAGCAAGAGUCGUAAAAGCAGAAUCCUUCCUCAAUCAUAAUUACACUGACAUGCGCAAUCUGCACACGGGCAUCAACAUCAGCCACCGUUCGCUUAUUUCACCGACUCCUCUCUGUGUGAACGGUCCCAUUCGCUGCUUGUAGAUGAUUCGGCGAAAGGCAGGAGCGACUCGUAGCGAAAGAUCAACAUGUCCCGUCGUAAGCAAGCCAAGCCUCAGCACCUCAAGUCGGACGAAGAAGUGGCACAGAGCGGACUCCUCUGCAAACACGGUGCUGUUGAAAGAAUGGGCAGGGAGGAGGCCGGUGGAGCUGAAGGAUGUCACAGCAGCGAGGAAACACACAUCUGUGACAAAUGCUGCGCUGAGUUCUUCACUUUGACUGAACUGAGUGAACAUCAGAAAGUCUGCACCGAGGAUCCCCUGGUGCUGAUCGUGAAGGACAAUGAGGGGGUGCCCAUUCAGGAGGAAUCCUCUGUCGGACCCUCUCCAGUCCCUAGUGUGAUGUCCAGUGACUCCUGUGCAGCAGAUUCCCCAGAUGUAGGCUUUGAACUGGGAGAAAUACUGGGAAACGACAACGACAGCUUGGAUAAUUUAGAAGAGGGGAGGGAGCCGGAGGAGACCAUGGAGCUUGAGAAUCAACUACAGGAUAAAUAUACAUACAACCACACCACAACCUCUAGCCCCCAGCCCCCAGAUUCGUCUGAGUCCACCUCCCCUCUAAUGUCGGCUGCUGGGAGCUACACCAUGCCCAAUACAAACGUGACACUGGAGAUCCUUCACAGCACCAGGGUGGCGGUGGCCCAGUUCUCCCAGGGCAUCAGCAGCAGUGGAACUGGAGGGAAGGCAGCUUCAGCAGCCAUCCCAGUCAUCCUGGAACACCUACUGACCCUGCAGCAACAACAGGUCCACCAGCUGCAGCUUAUUGAACAAAUCUGUAGCCAGGUAGCCAUUAUGAACAGACAACCCACACAAGCAGCAUUAAACCCGGUUUCCAGAUCCCUGUCUAUAGCACCAAACCCGUUCCCCUCUCAAGGUGUCAUCCCUCCUCCCAUUCUACCAUUGUCAGGAACGAUGCCUUCGACUAUCAACGGACAGGCCGCGGUGUCUUUGUCAUCCGCACUUGAGAAGCCACAGAGCAUCCCUUCGCAGACGGUAUGCCCGCAGACCUCCAGCAGAAAUGUUACAUGUACCUCAGCCUCGUCAGAAAACCCAGCCCCAUCUCUGUCCAGCUCCAGCAGCAGCAUUUCCACAUUACUGCCUCCUUAUACAGGCUCACACACCAGCACCAUGAGCUGUACUCAAACACUGAGCUCCUCCAGUCCCCUCUCCCUGGGGCAAAGCACCCUCCUCAGCCCAUCUUCCAGCCUGCCAUUCCUACCUCAGAGCCCCCCCAGCAGCGUCAUUUUCCCCAAUCCCUUGGCUAGCAUAGCCGCUACAGCUAAUGCACUUGACCCUCUCGCAGCCCUGAUGAAGCACAGGAAGGGAAAACUGCCUAACGUGUCCUUGUUCGAAACCAAGCCUGGACCAGAGGAGCCCUUCUUCAAACAUAAAUGCAGGUUCUGUGCCAAAGUGUUUGGCAGCGACAGCGCUCUGCAGAUCCACCUGCGCUCCCAUACAGGAGAGCGGCCCUUCAAAUGCAACAUCUGCGGCAAUCGCUUCUCCACAAAAGGGAACUUAAAGGUACACUUCCAGAGGCAUAAAGAGAAGUACCCUCAUGUUCAGAUGAACCCCUACCCUGUGCCAGAAUAUCUAGACAAUGUGCCAACAAGUUCUGGGAUUCCCUAUGGUAUGUCCAUCCCUCCAGAAAAGCCUGUCUCCUCAUGGCUGGAUAGCAAACCUGUUGUAGCAACUCUGCCAGCCAGUAUGGGUCUUCCAAUUUCCUCCACUAUUACCAGUAUCGGAGGCUCAAAUGACCCUGUAAGUGUAACACCAUCCGUUAAAUCUCCCUACCAGUCAGCUCCUGGUGAAUGUGUAUCUUUGUCACCUAACCACAGAGGCAAUGAGGCUCAUUUCUCUCCUGUUUCAGAGUGUCCACAGUCUAACCGUGAGACUGAAGCGUCCAAUAUACUGAAAACAGAGGGGGUACACCUGCCGCAAAACUGCACCCUGAGACUGAGAGCCAACCCAGUCACAGAGGCAACCAGCACCACUAUCUCAUCUGUGGCCACCACACCUGAACCUGUCACCUCAGCCUCCCCUGUCUCCAACUCUCCGCCUGUCUCAGAAGAAACUAAAUUCCCAAUGAGCAGCUUCUUGGAUUCUGUGCAGACAUCUGAAACCUCAAAGCUGCAGCAACUGGUGGAAAAUAUUGACAAAAAGAUUACAGAUCCCAAUCAGUGCGUCCUUUGUCACCGUGUCCUCAGCUGUCAAAGUGCGUUGAAGAUGCACUAUCGCAUUCACACCGGCGAGAGGCCCUUUAAAUGCAAGGUGUGUGGCAGAGCUUUCACCACCAAAGGCAACUUGAAGACUCACAUUGGUGUGCACAGAGAAAACCCUCCUGUUCAGGUCCAACACUCAUGCCCCAUUUGCCAGAAAAAAUUCACUAAUGCUGUUGUUCUGCAGCAGCAUAUUCGAAUGCACAUGAUCGGGCAGAUUCCUGACUCAAACUUUGCUGACGGCCUCCAGGAGAUGGACAGUGAUAUUUCUAUUAACGAGAAGAACUUUGACAGUCUCAGCAGCAAUGGAAAUGAUGUUACAGAUGACAUUUCAAUGGAGGAUGAUAAUGAUGAGGAAGAAGAGGAAUUGGAAAGUAUGGAGGAAGGUGUAAAUCCACGUAGCUCUGUGUGUAAUUCUCCACUUAAAUCCUCAUCUGGUAUUUCAAGUAUAGCAGCUCUGGAGAACCAAAUGAGGACAAUUGAUAGAACAUUGAGCCCCAGUCACACCUUUGGCUUUAAAUCCCUGACAAAUGGUUUCAACGAGAGCAGCCAACUCAAUGAUAAAUGCUCUUUAUCAGAGAAAAAGGUGGACAAUUGCAGAGUAAACAGCCCAGCGGUGUCUGACUUCUCCUGCUCACCUCAUGUAUCAGCAUCCCCUGUUCAGAGUAACUCAGAAGGCAUGACGAUCAAAUCACCUGCAGUGAACAACAGGCCAGAAUCUCAGGAGCAUUUGGCAGCCUCAGUGAAGCGAGAGCAAUCCAAGUCUCCUACCUCUGCAUCAGCAGCUGCAGCCGCACAAGAGCUGAAAGGAAUACAGACCAACAAACUGUGUGUGAAAGAGGAGACUCCAUACAGUAUGUCAUUCCAACUGAGCAGAGCUGCAGGCCAAAGCAUUCCCAGCCUGGUUAGCAGCACCUCAUUAGGCAUCAUAAAAACUGAGGUGAAUGGACACAGUCAACCAAACAACUCCACUGAAGGGCAGCAGCAGCAGCAGCAGCAGCAGCAGCAGCACCCACCGUUUAGUGUCCACAUCCCUCCAGCUUAUCCGUCAGUCGGUAGCCCAGGAAUGACCUCUCUGCUCGGCCCCGCACCCCCUCGCCGGACGCCGAAGCAGCACAACUGUAACGCCUGUGGGAAGAACUUCUCGUCAGCCAGCGCCCUUCAGAUCCACGAACGCACUCACACUGGGGAGAAACCGUUCGUCUGCUCCAUCUGUGGCAGAGCUUUCACCACUAAAGGAAACCUGAAGGUUCAUAUGGGAACUCACAUGUGGAAUAAUGCUCCGGCCCGGAGAGGCCGCCGGCUGUCAGUGGAGAACCCGAUGGCUCUGCUCGGUGGAGAGGCUGUAAAGUUUGGAGAGAUGUUUCAGAAGGAUCUGGCAGCUCGAGCGAUGAACGUCGACCCUGGAUUUUGGAACCGUUAUGCCACCGCUAUCACAAACAGCCUGGCUAUGAAGAACAACGAGAUCUCAGUGAUUCAGAACAGAGGCAUCUCUCAGCUUCACCCCCUGACUGCAGGCAUGGACAGAGUGAACACUGCAGGAAGUCCAAUCACUAGUCUCACCAAGACAGGCAUGGACCUGGGAAAUAAUAGGCAUUUUUCCAUGUUGAUCGAUGACAGCAAAGAAAUCGGAAUCAACUGAAUAUGAAUGGUGACAAAAUACUUAUGCAAAUGAUUAUGGACGGUACAAUUUGUAAACCAUCUAGUUUGUUGUUAUGUAUUAUAUAUGGACUUUUUAAGAAGUCUCUGAAGAACUUUUUAUCAAUUGACAAUGAAGAGUAGGGUAUUCACGUUUUCCUAUUUUCCUUUGCAGUCAUUUGUGAAUGUUUUUUUCUAUCAAUAAACUAAGUUGUUUGACUUGUACCUGAGAAUUCUUACGGUGCUCAGACGUAUUGUCGCUCUGAAGAAGGGGACAUAUGUUGAAAUCAAUAAUGCAAAGAGUCUGCUCUUUCCUUCCUCUGGACAGCUGCCCAGUGCUGCUAUCUGGUGCAAAGCACAAGAUAUGCUCAUAAAUGCCCAUAAUUACAAGUUACAAGGAUCUGUUGUCACUGUACUGGUGGAAAAACUGUCAUUAAACAACAUUUAGACAGAAUAAAAACUAGAACACA